AUGUUUAAUGUCGUCCGCGCUAGCGACCAGGAUAAGUUCAACGAUAACAAAUGCAUUUGGUGUACGUUCCCAUCUGAAACCACAUCAUGCUUGAAACCAUCCUCAGUCGUCGCGGCGUCACGAAAGAAGAAUUCCUUCAAACACGCAUCCUCCUCGCAAAAGCCACCGACAAAUUUAACGAUAACAAAUGUUGCUACUGCUGGGAACCUUACAACGGCAGCAGCCACCCUGGAAUACGCUUCCGACCCUGUGAUCACAUCGUAG